AAAAUAAACCAGAAAUUUAUAACCAACACGGAAGAGUUUGACACCCUUCAGAAGAUAGUGCUCCACGAAGUGAAUGCAGGGGUGGCACAAGUUAGAAACUCUGCUACAGAGGCUCUGUUGUGGUUGAAAAGAGGCUUGAAGUUCUUGAAAGGAUUUUUAACAGAAGUGAAGAAUGGAGAAAAGAAUAUCCAAACAGCUCUGAACAAUGCUUAUGGGAAGACGUUAAGGCAACACCACGGCUGGGUUGUGCGUGGGGUCUUUGCGCUAGCUUUAAGGGCGGCUCCAACGUAUGAAGACUUUGUGGCAGCACUGUCUGUAGAGGAGUGUGAUGCUCAGGAAGAAACCUUUUAUAAAGGGAUGCAGAGGGACCUCAGCAUUUACUUACCAGCCAUGGAAAAGCAGCUAAAUAUCCUGGACACUCUCUAUGAAGUACAUGGUUUGGAGUCAGAUGAGGUGGUAUGACAACAGCCGGACAGCGUCUUAAAACUUCAGGGACUGCGUCUGUUAA